AUGGAUUGCUUGCCAAAAUAAGCUAAAGAUGAAAACGCCCGUCAUUCUUCCAAAAUUUUACAGAAAUCACAACAGAAACGGGCAGUGUAAAUGACAGAUAGUCCUCGUAAAUAAGUUUCCAUUGAUAUCUCAUUUCCUCACAAAAGUUUCAUUUCAACCUUUCCUUUUCAUCAAAUUCCAUCGGGAAACCAAUUACUAGCUACAAUAAUGAACCAAAAGAUGAAGAAUUCCUUCCCAUUGGACUACACUUUUCUUGCUUUCUUCUUUCUCUUGUUUGUUUCAGUAAGCUCCGAUGUCAUUCAGGAAUCUUGCGGCAAAGCUGCAAAGGGUGACCCCAAUAUAAACUUCGACUUUUGUGUUGCAAGCCUUGAAGCGAAUCCCAAAACCAAAACUGCCACCAGCACUCAAGAUUUGGUUCCCAUCUCAAUUGAGAUAGCCAUAUCUAAUGCAAAAAGCAUCAGCUCCAUUGUUUCCAAGCUUUUGAAGAACAAAAAUAUUGAAAAGUACACAAGGAGCUGCUUGGAAGCUUGCUCUGAACUUUACUCAGAUGUAGGGUCUGAUUUACAAAGUGGUGGCCAGGCUUUUAAGGCUAAAGAUUAUGAAACAGCUAACGUGAAAAUAAGCGCUGCCCUGGAUGUCCCGGUUACAUGUGAAGAUGGGUUCAAGGAGAAGCAAGGGUUGGUGUUUCCAUUGAAAAAGGAGAACAACAAUUUCUUCCAGCUGACAGCAACCCUUCUUGCCUUCAUAACCAUGGUCCAAUAAGGAUGAUAAUACCAACGUUUCUUCGUGGCUUUGUAUUUGAUGUCACCACACAGUCAGUCGCCCCAAUAAUUAAGCACAAUUUGUCUAUCUCUGUGUGAAUAAUUCAUGCUUUUAAUGCGAUAUAUAUUCCAUCUGGAUGUAGCAAAUUAAUUUGCUAACUUGUAUAUUUUCUAUGGGUACGUACUGAACUUUCCUUGUUUUUCUUCUGUUUCCUGAGUUUCUUAAAGGUGAGGAAAUUAAUUCAGCCAAAAAAAAAAAGUGAGGAAAUCUCCUAAAAAUAUAAAUUAGAAAACUAUGCAACAUUAAAACUGAGCAUCAGCUCAGAAUUCAGAUAGUAC